AUGAUGUGGCUUCUCUCAGCUAUAGCUUUCAUUCCGGUUGUCUUUCUGUUAUUGACAUUGACGUUGACAUCUAUUAUAUGGUCCGCAGAGGAACCUACCGAGGAGCCGGCCGGCGCAGAGGUGCAGGGUGUCGGUGACGGCGCGUUCGACGACAGCGAGUACGAUGACGAGUAUGGCUUGGAUGAUUGGGAGGACGGCAGCGUCGGGGAGGACGACGACGCUGAUGAGGCGGACCUGGCGGAUGCCGUACAGCAAUUGGCGGAGAUGGCGAUGCUAGGCUACCAGAGUUUCGGCAGUCUUUUUGGGGCGAGGCCCCCCAAAUGGCGCUUCGCGCUGUUCACUGCUGCGUUCAAAAGCUACAUCAACGUUCAAAAGCUACAUCAACGUUCAAAAGCUACAUCAACGUUCAAAAGCUACAUCAACGUUCAAAAGCUACAUCAACUCUUUAUCGAUUGGCCAGAGGAGAAAAUUCAGAUAAAUCAGAGCGCGAAGAUAGCUUUCCAUGGCUUUCGAGUUUGA